GAGCAAUUUCCUCUCUUUACUUUCAUAGUGAUAGUGCAAAAUCCAGAAUGGAUGUCCUCUUGAUAGCCCUCCUUGCUGCACCACUUAUCCUGGGACAGGACUAUGAGGAUGGAGAACAGCUGGAAGAGGGAGAUUACUACCAAGUGGCGUACUAUUAUUACACAAUGACCCCUAAUUAUGAUGAUUUUAGUGUAAACUUCACUGUUGAUUACUCCUUGUUUGAGUCGGAGGAUAGGUUGAACAGUUUGACUAAGGAGGUAACAACAACAGAAGCGGUAGAGACUACAGCCUCUUCAUACAGUCUUCAUACAGAGCCUGUGGACCAUCAGAAUCCUGUAACCACGAAACCAGUGACCACAGAACCACAGAGUCCGGAUCAGAAUGAUGCCGGGUCCACUCUGCAGAGUCCUGUGUCCUGUCUUCUGUUAUGGACCCUCCUACACGGAGGGGUGCAUUUCAUGUAGAAGGUGAAAGAAGGCUGCUAUCACUCUUCAGACUAGAAUUCAUUGGCAAGAAUUUGGAUGAAAAAUAAAGAAAUUUGGGGCUGGAGAGAUGGCUCAGCAGUUAAGAGCACUGACUGCUCUUCCAGAAGUCCUGAGUUCAAUUCCCAGCAAAUCUGUAAUGGGAUCCGAUGCCACCUUCUGGUGUGUUUGAAGACAGCUACAGUGUACACAUAUGCAUACAAUAAAUAAUUGUUUAAAAAAAGGAAAAUAAAAAAAUUAGU